UUUGCGGUGAAUCUGCCCCUUUGGUCCCACUGUCCCUGUGGGAGGAGGGCAGUGGUGACCAGCCAGCUCGCGGGCCCACGCGGUUGGAGGGGCUUGGUGCUCGGACUGGUCUCCUUCAGCUCCUUCCCACCCCGUCUUCUGGGCCUAUUCGCCUUACGGUCGCUUUGGGGCGGGCGGGGGCACUGAGGUCAGCUCCGAAGGCUAGGGGCCCCUCCCCGCCUCAGGCUCGGAUGGGAGGUGACGGGUGGAGCGACCUGGGAUGUUCAGUCUGAUGGCCAAUUGCUGCAGCUGGUUCAAGCGGUGGCGGGAGCCUGUCAGAAAGGUGACUCUUGUGAUGGUGGGACUUGAUAAUGCUGGUAAAACGGCCACAGCAAAGGGGAUCCAAGGAGAAUACCCUGAAGAUGUAGCUCCUACAGUUGGAUUUUCUAAAAUUGACCUUAGACAAGGGAAGUUUGAAGUCACCAUCUUUGAUUUGGGAGGUGGAAAAAGAAUUCGGGGAAUUUGGAAGAAUUACUAUGCUGAGUCCUAUGGGGUAAUAUUUGUUGUGGAUUCCAGUGAUGAAGAGAGAAUGGAAGAGACAAAAGAGACAAUGUCAGAAGUGCUAAGACAUCCUAAGAUAUCAGGAAAGCCUAUAUUGGUACUGGCAAAUAAACAAGACAAGGAAGGGGCUUUAGGAGAAGCUGAUGUUAUUGAAUGUCUGUCUCUGGAAAAAUUGGUCAAUGAGCACAAGUGCCUAUGUCAGAUAGAACCUUGUUCAGCAGUCUUGGGAUAUGGAAAGAAAAUUGACAAGUCCAUUAAAAAAGGCCUUUAUUGGCUACUACAUAUCAUCGCAAAAGACUUUGAUGCUUUAAAUGAACGCAUCCAAAAAGACACAACAGAGCAACGUGCUCUUGAGGAACAAGAGAAGCGAGAAAGAGCUGAACGAGUACGAAAAUUACGAGAAGAAAGAGAACAAAAAGAACGAGAGCAAGCUGAACUUGAUGAAACCAGUGGUCUGGCUGAGUUGGACACAGGACCAGUUACAGUUAACCCUUUUCAGCCAAUAGCAUCUGUAAUCAUUGAGAAUGAAAAAAAGCUUGAAAAAGAGAAAAAGAAGCAGAUGAUGGAGAAAGACAGUGAUGACUGCCCCCUGAAACAUACAAUGGAACAUGAGCAAAUAGAGACACAAAGCCAUACUAGUGACAGCAGUCACAAAACCAAUGAAUUGGAAACAGUAGAAAAUUACAAGGAGGCAAUAACACAGCAGUUGGAGAAUGAAGAUGAGACAGAUCAGCGAUCAUUGGAAUCAGAUACCAGUAAAAAGAAAACUAAAAAACUAAGAAUGAAAAGAAGUCAUCGCGUAGAACCAGUUAAUGCAGAUGACUCUGCUCCUAAGAGUCCAACACCACCCCCACCCCCUCCUGUUGGCUGGGGAACCCCCAAAGUCACUAGACUUCCAAAACUUGAGCCUCUUGGUGAAACACGUCAUGAUGAUUUCUUUGGGAAGCCGCUGCCUCCCCUGGUUGUGCGACAGAGACCUAACAGUGAUGCUCAUGAUGUGAUCUCAUAGCCAAGUCAUAUGGAUUAGCUCUCUUAACAACAGCAGGGCGAACUGUAACCUCUUUUCUCAACAGAAGAAAAACCCUAAGCAUUGAUGACUUGGCCAAGAUAACCAUAAUGAUUCCAACAAGGAUAUAAUAGCCAAGAACCUGACCUGAUAAUUUGUUUCUCUGUGUCUUUCAUGGUUAAAUCAGAAAGGAGCCAAAAUGACCAGUAGAUGGGAUGAGCAUUUAAACCAAGCUAGCAAGAUUUAAUGUUGACUCUCUGGUUUACACAUCCCCACUUCAUGGGCAUAUUUCUGAAGGAAAACCUCUUCAGAAAUAGAGCCAACAGACUU